GUUGCUAUCACAUACAAAGAGUGUCAUUUAAUAAACUGCACCAAAGCCUUUAUACAUGAUGUAAGCCAAUGUACAAUAUAACACCUUUCCACUAGGUGGCACUAGCUCUCAGACUACCCUCCCCUUCUGCCCAUAUUUGGUAGAGUCUAGGGAGGUGACGUCUGGCUGAAACACGGAAGUAGAAGUAAACCACGCUGUGACGUAUCCAUACGUCCAUCCAUGAGCAGAGGUCCAUGUGAAGCACAUUUACUGGACUAAAAGUCAAAGUCGACUUUAUUUUGGCACCGCAGGCUUUGAGAGAGGAGCAGGUUAGGAUUGAGAAGAAGAUGAAGUAGAAGACUUUAUGUGUAUUUAUAUUUGUGUCCUCACGAGCAUCCCGGUGUAUGCAGGUGUCCGCAGAAAAGUUUGUUUUUGUACUUUAUCUUUUGACUCUGACGUUGGCAGCAGUGGCGAGUUUUUUUUCCCCCACAAGUACAAACAAAUGUCUAAUGACGAGUGAAAUAAAAUGGCCUUCGCAAACCUGUUUAAGGGACUGUCUCCUGUGGUAGAAGAUGUAAAGAGUCCCGCUCAGCCAGUCUCUACACUCAGGAACCAGACUGAUGGUAAAAGAGACACUGACAGAAAGAGGAAGACACAGUGUGAGCAGCCUGGCCAUUAUGGAAAGAAGCAACUUCACCAAGCCCAGGCAGCUAGAGCUACAUUUGGUAGCUUCCACAUGCAUAAUACUGGUAGUGAACAUGGGUUCACCAGAGAAGUGAUGCAUAGCCACAGCCACAAUAACAUGGGUCACAAAGGUCAGAAUUACAAACCCAAAAAUAACAGUCAUGUGACAAGAGAGAAACAAGAGCCGAAAAAGAAGUCGGAGUGGCAGAAAAAUCAGCAUCAACACAAGAAUAGAGGAAGAACUGCCUAUAAAGGUGGAGGCCAUCAGACCAGACCAACCUGGAAAAAAGGUGGAGGGGACAGGAAAAAUAAAAAUUUUACAUGGGACUUCCAAGUGAAACGUCCAAGGUUCAUGACACAGGAGUUCAAGGACCAGAAUGUUCUUUUGGUGGAUGGACGGUUACUUUGUCGACAUUUCCUUUGGGGAAAGUGCAUAAAGGGUGACGAGUGCCAACUGGAACAUAUUGAGGGUUACAAUGAUCUCUUCAAAGAAGUGUGUAAAUACUAUGUUCAAGGAUGUUGCUCAAAAGGGGAGAGCUGCCCAUACAUGCACAAGUCCUUCCCCUGCAAGUUCUUUCACAGAAAAGGAAAAUGUUCUCAAGGAGCAGAUUGCAGGUUUUCCCAUGAGCCACUUAAUGAUGUCACUAAGCAACUAUUGGAUGAGGCAUUAAAACGGGACAAUGACCUUUAUGAACUUGCAAAAAAGGCUGAACAGAAGUCGUCAGAACAGCCAGCGAACACAGACGAGUCUGAGGUUACAGAAGCAAUCCCUGAUAUAUUCAAAGAACCUCUCAGGCCUAACUUUUACAAAAGUGCAGAGAUAAAUACUGAGAAGGGCACCUUGUUUUGUCAGACUGAGGAACAGGCUGCCCCUCUACAUACAUCAGAUGCUGCCCAACUUCACAGCCCGCCGUCAACUAACCCUGUUAAUGAGGAACCAGUUUGUUAUUCAGUUGAAGCAGUGCUUGGACCUCAACGAUCCAAACUUUUCACAAGUUUCGUUAGAACUCCAAGGAGUCAAGAGUCCACCUGUCUCUCUUCUUCUGAUUGUACUUCAGACUCUGUAAACCAAAGCCAAGUUCCCUACUCUGUUGACGCUGUUCUUCGGUCUUGCAAGGAAAAUUCUACUUUUGGCCACUCACCAACUCCUCCUACUGAACAAACUAUGUCCUAUACCCCAAAAAGUUACUUUGAAGAGAUCCACGAUCCUCUGUCAAGCUCAGACAACCAAAAUAAAAAGGACUUGCGUUUGCUAAAUACAAGAUAUGAAGGAAAAAAAUCCCAGGAAAAAUGUUUUAAGAGCUUGUCAUUUCUGCAAGGGCACACUGGCCUGGCUUCAAUGACCUACCAGAAUCUUACUCUGACCUCUGGGAAUCACAUAAAACAAAGUGGGAAUUUGCCACAAACCCAUAAACCUGCUGAAAGACCUUUGAAUGAAAUCAAGGAGGAGUUGCAUUUGCCUUUGGAUAUUACAGCAAGCCGUAAAAGUGAAGGUAUUCUUCCUUUUGGACCCAGACAUCAGACAUCUGUUUCCAAACAUCCUACACAGUUGAAGCCACACUUCCCUGUUCAGCCACUGGACUCCGAGGCCUCUUUUAAACCUAUGUGUCCCUCUUCAGACUUGACAGAGUCAAAAGGUAGAACUGCUGUUCCUGCUGAAACUGUCACUAGCUCCAUUAAGUCAAAUAGUUCUAAGUCAAACAUUGUCAGUUGUUAUUUUGCACCCGAACAGCCCAUUGAGAUCCACCUGCACUCCAAAAAGACGCAAUGUAGUCUCACACUUGGCACAGAACAUUUUUCCACAGAAACCACAGCAGUGUGCACCAGUAAAAUGGCACAUUGUGGCGAUUUGGCAGUUGGAUGUGAAAAGCCACUGAAAAGACCCUUUCAUAGCCUUUUCGCAAGCCCUAUCGUUGACACUGUGCAGCCUUUAGAUGAUCCUGUAACAAGUUCCUCUUGUGCUCAAAGCUUAAUUCGGUCUUCCUACCCUGUUCCACAGUCUGCAGAUUGCAGACUCAAUCUUAAACCUGGCAAAGCCUCAGCUAGGUCUUUCCUCAGCCUAUUUGCUGCUCCUGUCAGUGCUCCUCCUCUCCCACAUAUGCAGUCUCAACCCGAUUAUUCAAGGACUUCCUCUUGUUCAGACCACUCAGUUGAUAAUUUAUCCCAUUCAUCAGGCAUCAGAGCUUUGAAUUUAGAAACACCUCUUCCACGCCAAGUCAGAACUGAAGAAAUCUCUUAUACGCCAAGAUCCCCUUGUCUCUCUCCAAAUGCUAAAAAAGGAAAAGACCAUGUGGUGAAUCCCGUCUGUAGCCCUGUGCGUGAUUCUGUCAGUGAGAUGUCUACCAGUCCACCUCGCUGUGGCAACAGUUCGUCUCCAACCCACGUUCAUCAGCAGCAGCCCGACAUCUCAUCCCACAAAGCCACUGCAAAUUCAGUUCUGAAGACUCUCUUUCUGUGCCUGAGCCCAUACCAACAGGAUGGAAAGCAACAGGACAGUAUUCAGAUCAGUGUCCCUACUGAAAGUGAAAAGAAGGAUGAAAGCAGCACAGUCUGUGUGAAGCAACUGCAGAAGAGUCAAAAAAAGGAUAGACGAAAGAAGAAGCUUGAGAUUCCCACAGACAGUCCACUGAGAAAAUAGUUUCAAGAGAGCACCAGCCUCCUCAAAUCUCCUUGGAGGGAACAGGUGUAUCGACAUCGUCCAGAAAUGACUGAGCCUCAGAUGAGACAGACUGGCACCCACAACUUGUCAUUUAAACCAGUGGCACCACUGAUGCAGCGUCAGUUGAAGGAAAGGCAGCCACACCACUCAAGGACCUCUUUACGACUUUAGACACCGCUGUUUUCCACGUUAAGUUUGGAAUUACUUCUGUGUGAAAACACAGAAAUAAUAUGCAUUAAUUUUGCCUUGGUAACCACUCAUGGGGGUGCACAUAUUUUCUCAUACUUAAAUGCUGUUGGAUUCUGUGUAUGUGUAUGUAAUUUUUUGUGCUGUCUUUCUGACUUAAUUUUUUCAACAUUAAAAUAUUUUUUAUAUAUACAGCAUAAAACAAAGUCUUUGUUAAUUGGUAUCAAAAAUGAAAACUAGAAGGGCACCCAAAGAGCGCAGGCCUCUGCCUUUGCAGUGAUUUAUUCUAAGUUGAGUUACGACACACCAUCUAUUUUAAUUACGACGGAUUCGCAAAUGUGUGAUAGGUUCAGUUCAUGUUGCCAUAGACACCACUGGUUAAAUUUACCUACCUUGCAAUCUUAAUGAAAGUAAAAGAUAAUUUGUGUAUUUAUUAUGUGAUUUGGAUGCUACACCAAAAACAUACUUAGCGGAGGUAAUAAUGUCCAACGUGAUCUCCGUUAUUCACCCAUUAAGAAAUUGUAAAUAAUGAAUCAGUGGCCAACACUGAAUAAAAUGUAAUGGUGUUGACUUAUUUACUCCUUUUCUCAUCGUGACCUCACAAGCAGUUAUAGAUAAUGUAUGUAUUAAAUAUGGCUCUGUUCUUUGUUUACCCGUUGCCAAGGUGAAUCAUAGUCUCUGGGCCAUCAAUUCUGUUUUUGUAUUCCUCAUGCACACACUUACCUCAGAGUGAACAUACAGUUGAAACCAGAAUUUUACAUACACUGUA